AAAACACCAGGAGCCGGGUCAGGAGAUCUUGGCAGCAUCUUGAGUAUCCUCCUUCAUGAUGGAGCCUCAUCACUCCAUAUCUCGGAGUGAAUCUCCUGUCAUAAAUGAUGAAGGAGAACGCCCACUACGUAACCCUCUGCUUAGACACGCAUCAGAACCCGUUUACAGUACUCUAGGAUUUGAUUUUACUGGAAGUUGCACUGCUCCACAGGUCAGUGCUGGGGGUAGGAGUCGUGUUAUAUUCCUGCAGCCCACAGACGGCAUUAGGAAUGGUGCAGUAUACUCACGUUUAUCUGCUCCAUGGGGCUGCGUGACUCUGAAGACCACAUCCCUUCAAGCUCUACAGCCUACUUUUAGUACUGGAGGAGAAAAUCCAGAGCACAGCAACAGCUGUCAGAAAAACCAUCAACCCCCUAACAUCCGUACUGCAGGAGAACAUCCAGAGCACAGCUAUUGGAACGAAUCCCCAGACCUUCAAAUCCCUAAUUUCUGUACUGGAGAAAAACAUGCAGAACUCAGCGAUUCGGACGCAUCCCCAGACUUUUCCUGCCCUAACUUCCGUACAGGAGUGAAACAUGCAGAACUUAGCUAUGAGAAAAAAUACACAAACUUUCUACACUCUUACUUCUGUACUGGAGAAAAACAUGCAGAUCUCAGCGAUUCGGACACAUCCCCAGACUUUUCCCGUCCUAACUUCCGUACUGGAAAGAAACAUGCAGAACUUAGCUAUCAGAAAAAAUCCAGAUACUUUCUACACCCUUACUUCCGUACUGGAGAAAAACAUGCAAAUCUCAGCAAAUUGAAAACAUCCCCAGACUUUCCUCGCCCUAACUUCUGUACUGGAAAUAGCAUGAUCUUAAGCUAUAAACUCCUUGCCUUCAGUGCUGGAGAAACGACAAAGGCAGAAAAGGCAGAUGUGAGCAAUCAGGCACAGAAAGAGUAACUGAUCGAAUUUUGUAUAUUUUAAUUGCUGCCAAUUUGGUAUUGGUGAUAAUGUUGUUAUCAUAUUACUAUUAAGCACUGUUAACCAUGAUUGUAUGUGACUUUUUAUUAAUAACAUAUAAAGGCAAGGAAAGGCAAGUUUAUUUGUAUUGCACCUUUUAUACAAAAUGGUUAUUCAAAGUGCUUUAGAAAUGAGAAAAUACAAAGAGGAGUCAAAAUAUAAAAACAUGUAACAAUAAAAAUGGAAAUAAAAGAAUAACAUAAGAAUAAAGCAUGGAUAAAAAUAUGAUUCAAACAUUAUUAAAACAAAGAGAAAAAAAAGCUUACAUCUAGCAUUAAAUAGCGCUAAUUUAAUGAAAAACAA